GGUUGGUCAAUUGGCAUUUCUCAGUUUCACAUGGCCGAGAAAUAAAAAGCUUGAGCCCUUAGAGCCUCUUCCAUUCAUUCACUGCUUGCUUACCCAUUGGGAUCGAAUUCAUAGUUUUAGUGUGGACCUCUCCUCCUGUUCCUCAUUGUUAUCAUGGUGUCGGCUCCUUUGCAGCAUUCGGAUCACGGAUUCCGUUUGCCCCAAGAAUUCCUCACUAAUUUAGAGGUGGAGCCCGUGGGUCGUUGGUUUUUGUCGCAUUGGGAUCGUUUACACGCCCCCAGGGGCUUCUCUACUUCGGGGUUUGCCUCGGAUUCGUCGGAAUCGGAUUCGGAUUCCAGUCCGGAAGAAGAAGUCGAGGUCGAGUUUGAGGACGAUAUCCAAUAUUUGCGGAGUUUGGAUCCCAAAGAGAUCAAAGAGCAGGAUCACUACAAAGUCUUGGGCUUGAGCCAACUCCGGAUUAAGGCCACCGAUGAACAGAUCAAGAAAGCCCAUCGGGCCAAGGUCUUGAAACAUCAUCCGGACAAACGACGAGCCGCAGGUGAGGAUAUCCGGGACGAUGAUGAUUACUUCACCUGCAUCACUAAGGCGGCUGAGAUCCUCAGUCAUCCCGUCAAGCGACGGGCUUUUGAUUCCGUCGAUCCCACUUUUGACGACUCCGUCCCCGAUGCCAAGAAGAGUCCGAAUACGGAUUUCUUUGCGUUGUUCGGACCCGCCUUCGAGCGAAAUACCCGUUGGGCUCUAAGGAAACACGUGCCCAAACUUGGUGAUGAUGAUACGCCCCGUGAGAAAGUCGAUAAAUUUUACCGCUUUUGGUAUGAGUUCGAAUCUUGGCGCGAGUUUUCGUACAUGGAUGAGGAGGAUAAAGAAAAAGGAUCGGAUCGAGAUGAACGCCGAUGGAUCGAGAAGAACAAUAAAGUACAACGAGCCGAGCGCAAAAAAGAGGAGAUGAAGCGUAUUCGAAAAUUGGUCGAUAACGCUUACAAUGCUGAUCCCCGAGUUCAACGUUUUAUGGAGCAAGAUCGUCAAGAGAAGUUGGCCAAGAAGAAGGCCAAACAAGAUGCCAUCAAGGCUCGACGUGAUGAAGAGGAACGCGUGCGUUUGGCAGCUUUGGAACAAGAGCGUUUGGCUAAUGAAAAACGGGUAGCCGAAGAAAAAAUCAAGCAGGAACAAGCCAAGAAGGAACGAGAACUCAAGAAAAACGCCCUCAAGAAGGAGCGGAAGAAACUAAGGGCCAUAUGCAAGGAGCAUAAUUUUUUCACCCAAAGCGAUUCCGAGCGAGUAAUGCUCAUGGCCGAGGUUGAUCGAUUCUGCGAGAUCUUUGCGGCUCCCCAAUUGGCCAAUCUGAGUGAAUCGUUGUCGGGGCAAGAUGCUCCCAAAUGUCGUAACAUUUUGUUGAACCAAAUUGACGAGCUCAAUUACAAGUCAGACGUCGAAAAAUACGAAAUGAUGGAGAAUGCCGCCAAAGGAGGUGGCUCAGAAAAGACAAGUAGUUCCAGCAAAGAAUGGUCCACUGACGAAUUGAAUCUACUCAUUAAAGCUGUCAACCUGUUUCCUGCUGGCACAAUUCAGCGUUGGGAAGUGGUGGCCAGUUUUAUUAAUCAACAUACAAAAACCCCGGAAACUCAACGAAACGCCAAAGAGGUUCUCAACCGAGCGAAAGAGAUGCAGCAUGGCGACUUUCAUGCCAACACUCUCAAGGAAGAAACCAAUCGUAAUGCGUACGAAAACUUGGAGAAGCAGAAGAAACGAGAUGUCAAAGUGGAAAGUGAGGCCUCGACUCGAACUGAGAGUGCAGCUGAGGCCCAGGGCAUAAAUGUCUCGCCAUGGUCACCGGAUGAACAGCAACUCUUGGAACAAGCUUUGAAGACCUAUCCGUCUAAUUUGGGUAGUGAGCGCUGGGAGAAGAUCUCGGCUUGUCUGCCCAAUCGAAGUAAGAAAGAUUGUAUGAAGCGCUACAAAGAAUUGGCCGAAUUGAUUCGAGCCAAGAAAGCUGCCCAAGCUGCUGCCGCUGCAAAGAGAAACUAGAACAAUAAAUGCGGACACAAGACUCACAAAUAUAA